AUGGAGGUGCCGCGGCGCCGCACUACACCGCAAGCAUCAGCAGCUUUAGCAGCGCAGUUGCCACAGGCACAAAUGAUGGCAAAGCGCAAGCGAGUAUGUAGAUGCCUUCUUCACAUCAUUUUGAAGCGACGUAAGUCUUGCAGUUUCAAAACAUGCCCUGCCAGAAGCCGCAUGGACUGGACUUGCAAACAGUUCCCAGUUUGGGAGAUUGCCCUUGAUCACUGGCAGGUCGAUCUUUCCUUUAUGGAUACACCCAUGCUGGAGAUGCCGGAUGCGGAGUUGCGUGUCACAUUCUUUUUUGCAGCUUUGGAGGAAUGGCUGGAAAGUCGCUUCAUGCGACUUGCUGACAUAGUGGCUCAACGCCUACCUUGGAGCUUGGAAGAGCUCGAGGAGACCUCAGGUGAGAAGGCGCAGCGCUUCCCGGAGAAGAAAGCCCGCCGCUCUGCCAUUGCGCCCAAGGACGAGGCAUCAGCUCCAACAUCACCAUCAGGUGAGCGGAGAGUGCUGGCACGGCAAGAAACACGGAAGGACCUCAAAGGCAAAGAUGAUGAGAGGAAUCCAAAGAGCCGCGAGGCCGAGAAAAAGGAGAAGAACAUGAAGAGUCGUGAGGAUGAAAGGAAGGAGAAAAGAGAGCGGGAGGUUAAGGAGCGUGGCGAUCUCCGUGAGCGCAAACUGCAGUUAGCGCCAUGGCUCACGCUGAGCACUUUGGUUGCAUCGGGAUUGCUUCGCCCCCGGGCCAAGGGAAUUUGA